AGAAAAUUUUCAUUCAAGGAUACUGCUCUCAUGUGACUGCAGCUGAAGUUCUCGCCUCCAAGAUAGUUGUGGAAGAAUAUAAUUUGUGGAAAAAUUUAGCUGUUCAAUCCCGUUCCCGUAGUGGGCGCAAAGUUGUUGGAAAUGGUGCUGAUACAGGCGCUGAUUUUCGGCGUAUUCCUUACAGUUGCAUCGGCUCUGCAACUGGAAGGUCUUUCCACCAAAAAACCUAGAAUCACAAAAUAUACCCUCAAACCGACCACCAAUUCUGCAACUACGACACCGUCUUCGCUGUCACUGUACAGGUUGAAUGGCAGCAGCGGGGCAACUUGCAUUUUAAUACAAACCGAUGGUCUUCUCAGCAUCCAGUAUCGUGAUAAAUAUGGUGAAGAUAAGGAAGCUGAUACCUUUAUGCCAGAUCAGAUGGACAUUUCCGGCGAGUGCUGGGAAGAUGAGUCACGGGUUACACUUGGUUGGAAGGGGUUCAUUUUAAACAUGUAUUUCUCGAAGACUCCCGGCGGUGAGCGAUGGUACGUAAACAACGUCGAUCUCUCGUAUUCAUCUUCCAACCAUAUAUUCGAGCAUAUCGAUCGUCCCGGUUUGGAUGUUAAGCUCUCAACACCCCCGGGCACGUUGCUCUUCCCAACUCCAGUUGGAAAAUCCUACACCUGUGAUCAAGAACUUAUCAUAACCAUGUUUUCGCAGGAUGAAAAUGAUAAAGCGGGACAUUUAGCAAAACUGUAUCUUAGAGAACUUAGAAUGCAAAGCUUCAUGUACAAGUCUUCAAAUACGUGGGGACCCCCGUUUCAGUGCAGUGCUACCGGAACAUAUCGCGAUGAAACUGCACCAAUCGCUGUUGGAUCUACACUUGCAGUCGCUACCGUCUGUACCGUAGUCGGUUACGGUUUGUGGAGAUACUUCAAGGUCAAAAAGUUCCAGUAUGGAACCAUGGCUUAAACUGGCUUCUGAAAAAUUGAAGAAAAACGUUCAAAGGUGGCCAAAACAGUACCAGCUGGUUCCGAAUGGUUGAGACAUCUUGCUAGCAACAUUUCAAAUUAACACGUACUGGAUGGAACUGGUUAACUGUCCGUAACAUAUCGAACUAUUAACUAAUUACAAUGCAUACAAAAACUCGUUCGCGUCACUCUAAUACGAACUCGUACACACAAUGGCCAGUUGCGCAGUAAGAGAUUCUCAAAUAUUUACCCAUUUAGAACACUAACCGUCGUAACGACUCGAAACCUUACAAGAGUAAAUUGCAAAAAAUAAGAUAAAAAGUCUUCCAUUUUUAUUUAAAUGAUGUUAUUAAGCGAUUAACGAUAAUGAAAUUCUCUAGUAUAGUCCUGCUUUAGCGUGAACGAAAGGUGUAAAAGUUACAAAUUAUAUACGCACGGACCUGAAAUGGUGCGGUUCGUGAUACUGUUAGAAGGAUUGUAUAUACAUACUACGUAAUUGCAAUAUCUACUAAACUGUAUUAUUAUGACCUUCAAAUUUCGAUUUUAAAGCACAUCAGAAAAUCUCUCACACACACACUCAUAGAAAUGGUUUUGAAUUAUCACAAACUAUUUUUGCUGUUUUCCACGUUUUUACGUGUGAUGUAUUCUCGCAGUCAGACUACGUAGUGUUUGUAAUAAAGUUAAACGAUGUUAGCUUAGGUCAGAUCAUUACCCCAA